AUGGGCAACUGCGUUUCGAGCGCGCAGGAGCGCGAGGAGAAGGCGCGGUCGGACAGGAUAGACAAACAGAUUGAGGAGGAUGGGAAGAAGUUCAAACGGGAAUGCAAGAUCUUGUUACUCGGCUCGGGCGAGUCUGGCAAGUCUACGAUCGUCAAGCAGAUGAAGAUCAUCCACCAGAACGGCUAUACGCCGGACGAAUUACUUGCCUUCCGACCGUUGAUAUGGAGGAACCUGUUGGAAUGCGUACAUACUGUCAUCGAGAGCCUCGAGAAGUUCAAUCUGGAGCCUAUACAACCGCAAAACAAGGCAAGUCGACAACGACUGCUGGAGUAUACUAUUCCCGACGACGGCGAGUUCUCCUUUGACCCGGUCGUCGCGAGGCAGGCGUUGGACCUCUGGACGGACGACAUCAUGCCCGCCCUGAUGGAGCACUCUUCCGAGUUCUACCUGAUGGACUCAGCUUCCUACUUCUUUGAGAAUUCCCAGCGUAUCGGCCAAAACGAUUAUCUCCCGACCAAGGAUGAUGUUCUCCGCGCGCGAGCGAAGAGUACCGGCAUCACGGAAACACGGUUCAAUAUGGGUCAACUAUCAAUACACAUGUUUGACGUCGGUGGUCAACGGUCAGAACGGAAGAAGUGGAUCCAUUCGUUUGAGAGCGUAACAAGUAUCAUCUUCUGCACUGCGCUCUCCGAGUACGAUCAGGUCUUGCUGGAAGAGAAGAACCAGAACCGCAUGGCCGAGUCUCUUGUCCUGUUCGACUCCGUCAUCAACUCAAGAUGGUUCUUGCGAACAUCAAUCAUCUUGUUCUUGAACAAGAUCGACGUCUUCAAGAGCAAGCUGCCCAAAGUCCCAUUAGAGAAGUUCUUCCCGGAGUACACCGGAGGCUCGGACGUCAACAAGGGCGCAAAAUACAUCUUGUGGCGGUUCAUGCAGACGAACAGGGCCCGUCUGAGCGUCUAUCCGCAUAUCACGCAGGCGACGGAUACGUCAAAUAUACGGCUCGUAUUCGUCACCGUGAAGGAGACGAUCCUUCAGAACGCGUUGAAGGAGUCCGGCAUUCUCUAG